AUGAGUGACGACAUCAACGAUCAUCAACAUGAGUUGACGGUCGAAGAUAGCGUGAUGCGUGCGCCGGCGAGCGCCGGCGGGGAGGCGGUGACGCGGUGGUCGCAGACCGCGCCCGCGCCGCUCACGGACUACGCGGACACGGCGCCGCCGAUACACGCCCACCCCGUCUUCCCCUACGACGACGAAAUCAACCAGCGACUCGCCAUUUGGCAAGGCGAUAUAUCAACGUUGGAAGUGGACGCGAUCACGAACACCACAGACGAAACGUUGACCGAGUGCAAUUUAGUUAGCGAGCGCAUCAUGCAGGGCGCUGGGCCCGACCUGAAGGAGGAGAUCAUUACCAGGUCCUUAGAAUGUCGGACGGGUGAAGUGGUGGUGACGAGCGGAUACAACCUCCACUGCAGACACAUUAUACACACGGUCUGCCCCAAGUACGUGGCGAAGUACCACACGGCGGCCGAGAGCUCUCUGCACAAUUGCUACAACAACGUGUUACACUGCGCUCGAGAGAUGGGCGUGCGCACGCUGGCGCUGUGUGUCAUCAGCACGCCGCGGAAGAACUUUCCACCCGACCUCGCCGCGCAUGUCGCACUGCGCUCGGCGCGGCGGCACCUGGAGGCGCACGCGCUGCCGGCGCAGGUGGUGCUGGCGGGCGCGCCGGGCGCCGAGCUGGCGCCGCUGCUGGCGCUCGCGCCGCUGUACUUCCCGCGCGCGCCGCGGGAGGCCGACGCGGCGCGCUGGCGGCUGCGGGCGCGCCCCGACCCGCCCGAGCGCCGCAUCCGCAUCAUACACAACCCGCACGAGCACGCCGCAGGUACGACACGCGACCGCCCCGCCGACGACGACACGUCCCUGUGCGACGAGGAGGCGGCGGUGGAGGCGGCGGCCGCGUUCGCGCGCGCCUGCUCGCCCGACACGCAGCGCCUGCUGCCUGCUGCCGCCAGCUCGCCGCCGCCGCGCUACUCCUGCGACGAAAGAUUGAUUGAUGAGAUCGAUGUAUAUGAACGGCUACUACGCCGCGCUCGCAGCGAAGACUUGAGCGAAGUGUCGGGCAUCGGCUGCCUGUACCAGAGCGGCGUCGACCGCCUCGGGAGACCAGUCGUCGUGUUCAUCGGGAAGUGGUUCCCGAUAUCUGAUAUCGACUUGGAUAAGGCUCUCCUUUACCUAAUAAAGCUACUGGACCCGAUCGUUCGCGGCGACUACGUGAUCGCCUAUUUCCACACGCUGGCCUCGUCCAGCAACCACCCGCCCUUCUCCUGGCUCAAGGAAGUCUACACCGUGCUGCCUUACAAAUAUAAGAAGAAUUUGAAAGCGUUCUACAUCGUACAUCCGACGUUUUGGACCAAAAUGAUGACGUGGUGGUUCACGACGUUCAUGGCGCCGGCCAUCAAAGCCAAGGUGCACAGCCUGCCGGGCGUGGAGUUCCUGUACUCCGUCAUGGCGCGCGACCAGCUCGAAGUGCCCGCCUUCGUCACCGAGUACGACAUGACGAUAAACGGUCUGCAUUACUUCCAGCCGGACACCAACAACACGUAGACCGACAGAUCAAACGCCGCCAUCUUUUUCUCUAUACUAUAAGUUUAUUUUGUACCUUGUUAUACAAUACAAUUGUCUGACACGGGAAAGAUGGGUCUGGAUUAAUUGCGAAAAGUUUUACAUGGCAACUUUAUUUUAAAAAAAUUACAGAGAUAAUGACACCCAUCCCAGUUUGAUACUUAGUCAAACUUACGUACUUAUAUUUGGCAAAAUAAAAUAUUUAAUUCCACUUUACAAGUCCAUGAAAUCCAUAUAAAAGCAAUAUUUUUGUGUAGUAGUACCUUGAUUUGGCGACAAAAAUGCUACAAUUAUUUUUCAAGUAUCAAACUGAGUUAGUUAAAGUCACAUGGCAUUAAGUGAUACCACAGAUAAGUUAUUAUUAAUUUACCGCAAUUAUUGAUUCAGCUUUCGUGUGUCAGUGUUAUAACGUGGUAUGUUGUAUCGAUUAAAUGGCUAAUUUAAUUUUAGUUGCUGGCAGUGCGUCGAUAAUAGUGUAAUGUAACAGUUGCGCGUGUAUGGCAAGCUUUAAAUAUUGUUAAACACUCUUAGGAAUUGAUUAUGAAGGCAAUAAACGUGCUCAUCAAGAUUAUAUGUAAAGAACAGUGAUGGAACGUAGGGCCUAGAUAUGUUUAAAAAAUGCUUUUUGCCAUUGAGAUGAGAAAAAAACUUUUUUAAAAAUGGCGGCGAACGUUAGGCCAGUGUUAAGUUAAUAUGUAUUGAGUGUAUUUUCUAUACAACUAUAAAAAUGGCACUAAAGCGACAUAUCAGAUGUUUCUCUUUAAAUAAAUUAAAAUGUUUUGAUAUCAACUGAUGAUCUUCGUUUAUUUUCAUUUCAAAUAUUCGAAAAAAAAUAUAUAAGUUGUAUAGAAAAUUCAUCGAUUUCGUGAGAUUGUUGAAAUUGUAAGUUGUAAUUAGUAUUAGUGGGCAUUUUUAUAUUUUGUAAGUGAUAAGAAAACGUGUGAAUAUUUCGAUGUUCUUGUUCCGAUCUUGUUAUUGAUGUGCUGUUUACGCAAUUGUUCUUGCCAUAACUAAAUAUAAUGGCACAGAUAACAAAAACAAUCGAAAUUAUUUUUUCUUAAAAUUUAAAAUGGACUUUAAACAUUAUAUUUCUCUAAACAGAUUUUUUCUUUAUUUAUGACCAAUUAUACCGUUUUUUAUUAAUACAAAAUCUGUGCCAAAAUUUCUUAUUUUCUCUCAAUCACAUCCACAACAGGGUAACUGUAUUAGAUGCUUCGUUUUGACCAAGUCCUUUUUAGUCGUAAGCGUCAAAUAAUAUUUCCUUUAACUCAAAGCAUGUUUUAAUUAGGCCUAUAAAAGCAAUUUUAAACAAAGUUAGCUCGAAAACUGUGCUUCGUUUCUGACCUAAAUCUUGAUGUUGACCCAAAAAAAAUUUUUAAUAUGUUCGUUCUAAAUAUUUCUUGUAGAGCGGAAUAUAAAAAAAAAUAAAACAUUAAAAUGUUUCUAUCGAGGUGCUGGAAUUUCGUUACAUGUUUGAAAUUUUAUUUUUAGAAUAAAAAUUAUGAAUUGUUAAUAGUAGUUCCGUAAACGUUAUUAAAUGUUCGCACAUUGCAUGGUUCUAGAUCAUACUUUUGGUAAAAUGCAGAGUAAAAAUUGUAAUCAUCUUAAUAAGCCAAGCUAAUAUUAAGCCUAAUCUAUCAUUCUUUUAAAUAGAAUUUUUAAUAAGUCCUGUAUUUACUGGUGUAGUACUUAGUACGAAUAAAUUCUGUAUAACAUUUUUUCGAGGGCCGGUUUCACCGAUUGUGGAUAAUGUUUAUCCAGCAAAUAAGUUUCGAAUAGACAUUAACAGCAGGGGUUAGAAUAGGCUAUUAGGGCUUGAUUUUCUUAAUAAAUACAACUUUCAAAUUCAUAUAUUUAAAAUGAAAUAUCUCAAACGCAGUGGAAUUUGAUGGUAACAAAAAUAAUAUAUCAAAAACUUUAUCUGUCGGAUGCUGUCAUCCAUCAAAUAGCGUUAUCAUCAACCGAUGAAGCAGGCCCUAAGUAUUUUUUGAUGCAUUACCACUGCCAUUGAUGCAAUGUGCUGGUUUUGUAUGCAAUAGUGAGAUUAACUGCAGGGUGAAUAAUAUGUGCACCAAGUAACACUACAAUAUUUUAAUCAUUUACAAUCACAGAAAUUACCAAGAGCGGUAUAAAGGAAAGGACGGUAGUUACGUAUUUUUAUAAUAAACAGUUAUGUCAAUGUUAUCAAAAAGAUUUUUUUUAUUGUAAAAUCUAAAAAAUAUUUUUAUCACAUAACUUGAACACGAACACCCUAAACGUGCCAGAUUUCUGUAAACGAUUGUAGUUAUAAUAAUCAGUGAUAAGUAUCAGCAUUUCGUGUUAUAUAAUAAAUAAGAUUUUUAUAUUAAAUAUAAAUAUCAAAUCUUUCCUUUUAUAAUUUGAAUGACUUUUUUUGAAAAAUUAAUAUUGUAAACUCAGAGCAACUCAUCAUUAUUAGUGUUAUCUUAUAAAGACCUAAUACACUUCAAAUCUACGAACACCUAUUAAAAUUCCUAAUUACCAGAAAGCCUUAGGUGUGUUAACUGUUGUUAUUCCUUGUUUAGCGAAGUAUUGUUGUCAAGUUGUAAAAGAUUCAGCAAAAUAUUGUAUUUUAUAAAAUAAUUUAGAAGUUAUUUAAACAAUGUGAUGCUGUAUAAUGGUUAAGUUUAAUAUUUUAUAAAAAAAGAUUAGGCUAUGUAAAUAUUUAACAAACACAAAUAAAGUUAUUAAUUUACUA